CAGGAGCCCACAUUUCUGGUCUGGUCCUUUCGGGACGGCGGAAAAAGCGGGAAAUUUCAGAGGGGCUUGAAGCCUCAAUUUAGUGAGUAAAAGAACGAACCAAGGAGGAAGCAGAAUACUAUUACCUCUCCUUCUACCAGGACAGUCCUGAGUUCUGCAGGUAUACAAGUGAAUUCGAACAGCAACAGCAGCAGCAGAAGUCUCGAGGCUCUGGGUAGAUGACUGUGAUUGAGACUCCUCGUCGUUGGUAGUGUUGUUGACCUUCGUACCUCUCUCCUUUGCUGGCAAGAAAAGGAAGGCACACACAAGAACCCCGCCAAAGAGGCGCCAAGGCUUGUUCCUGGACGAGGUGCGUCAGGGAGCCACAAAAGCAGGAAGGAACAUUGCAGUUGGAGUAUCCUGGCUCAGGAUUUCAGAGGCUGGUCAGGAGAGGGAAGACUCCUCGUGUCUGAUCUGAUCUACUUGACUAGCAUAGCCACCUGAGUCUGAGUCGGAUCAAGCCUUUCUUUGCUUUGUCCCCCCUCCUACCUAUUCCUGAACCACCCAACAUAACAAUCCUCUUCUUUCCACAAUGGUUGCCUCGGCUGUUCUGAGCCCCAAGCACACUUCCUCGAGUAACACGGGUAGAAUUUCCUCCAGGUCAAAAUCGAGGCAAGAUUGGGAGCCAGACGCUCGUCGAUCAUCUUCCAAGCGAGCCGUUUCAACCACUAGAAUGCAACAAGCAACCGCCACGGCGCAACGCCACAGACACAGCAGCACUACUUCUGGUAGGUCUAGUUCCGUCAUGCCUCCCGCUGGAACGACCACCAGUGGGGGGCGACGGUACACCACCACUUCUAUGCAUCAAGGGGAAGGUUCCAAUCAUAAUAGACCGAGAUCCAUUAGUACGGGUAGAAUAUUCCAAAACAAAGAUGAUCCAACUGCUGUGGCUCGCAGUAUCAUGGAACUAAGAGAGAAACGUGAAAAAGAACAAAAGUCAAGACGAGCUUCCGCCAAUGCUCCUCCUCCACCUCCUGAUCCCGUCUUGAAACAAACCACUCGAUACUCCAAAACUGGAAAUACCCCCGUCAGUAGCAGCACGCCCAGAGGCAUCAACAGUAAAGACUAUCAGCCUGGCAGUGCAAGGUUCCAACAAGCCGAACGCAAACUAGAGGGCUUUCGAGAUGAGCUCAAGAAACUCAAAUCCAAACAAGAGGAAAUGGAAGAGAUGCAAUUCUUUAAUGAACUCGAAUCCGCUGGCCCUACUGGGGCUAAUGGUCAUCCACAUGCACAUGCACAUGCACCACCGCCGCCGCCGCCCCCUCCUCCACCCUCAAACCCGCCUCCCCAUCCUAGUAGCACUACCAACAAGGCAAGGGUCUCAACUCCAACUCCUUCACUCAACAAUACCAGCAGCCGAUCGUCCAGCACUCCUCGCAGCCGGCCCAUGGAUAAUAUGAUGACGAGUCCUAGUCCUCGCAAUGUUGUUGGAGCACCCAAACUCGGUACACCCAAUUCUGCCGCUGGGGUACCCCACGUCAUUCGAGCCGUGGCAUCACCUGUCCGAGGAGGUCGCUUGCCUCCUCCCAAGAAGGUCAUCUUGAGUCCUCGUAAGAUUGCCGCCUUGGAUCGAACAUCACUCGAGCUAGAAGCACAGACGCUAGGACGACAAGUGCAGAUUCUAGAACAGGAGAAAGCCAACUUGAUCCGGACAGUCGAAAUGUACGACAGCACUUGCCAACACGAUACCGACAAGGCUCGUCGUCUGGAAAAUGAACUGCGUCGUCAGGAAACCGAGCUGCAGCGGGUCAGGGCCGACUUGAAUACCAAGCUGCAGGAAUCCGAGCAUCAGCGUGAAGUCCAACACAACAUCUCGGAGCAAAAGCUGCAAGAACAAGCCGAGACGCUGGCAUCGACACAGGGGCUGGCGGAGGAACUGGAACAUGAGCUGGCCCAAAUGCAUGAAGAAAGUGAGCAACAAAAAGCUGACUUUGAAAAGAAGCAGGCCAAGCUUGAGAGGGAGCUCAAGACUGAAAGGGAAGAACUCCAAGCACAAGCCAAAAACUUUGACGUGCGAAUAUCAGAAGUGAACGUGCGAGUCGAAAAGCUGCAACAGAAGCUCAAGUCGAAAGACAAGGACGUGGCGGUGCUCAAGGAAGAAGUCAUUGAGGCAACAAAAGCCUUGACGGAUGCCAAGACAAAGAAGGACGAAGCCUACGAAGUGCGAUUGGCUGCCAUGCAGCAGCAGUUGGCUCUAGCCAAGGAGCAAUACGAAAAGCUCGAGGAGGAAAAUGAAGAGCAAAACUUUAUGAUCAAGGAGCAAGGCGAUCUAUUGAUUGCAGAAGAGAACAAAGUCAAGGAGUUAAACAAGAGCAAGGAAGCACUCAAAAAGGAUUUGAAGGCGGCUCAUGAUCUGCACAAGAAGUCCAUGGAGAAGCUCAAAAAGUCAUACGACGACAGGGACAAGCGUCGCAUGAACGAAGACGUCGAACGCCGGCACAAUGAAAAGGAAGAGUUUGAACGCCGACUGAAGAGUCUCCAGCAGCAGCUGACCUUGGCAACGGACAGACACCACGCUGAAAUCCGGCAAAAGGAAUCGGACUUGGAAGCGCGCUAUGAGGAAAUCAAACGAGGGAUUGAAAAAGAUGUCGGAAAAAAGCUUCUACAAACUGAGGAAAUCCUUCGCAGUCUCCGCAGUGAUCACGACAAGGCGACAAAGGAGAUUUCAAGGUUGCAGAAAACGAACGCGGAGCUGAGGGAAGAGCACAAUAUUGAAAUCGAUCGAAGAAAUGUGUUGAGAGAUGACGAGGCUAAGAAUCUUCAAGGACAAAUUGCACAGAUUGCUCGGGAGCUGAACGAGAAAGAGUUUGAGUUGAAAAAUUUGGCGACCAAGCUGACCAAGGCGGAGGCGGAAAUGAAACAGAUGCAGGAUGAACAUGCCGAGGCGUUGAAAGACAAAGAUCAGGAGAUGUCGGAUCUCAAUAACAGGUCCAAAACUGCAGACGAAAAGCUCAAGACCGAGCUUUCCAUGAAAGAAAGUCUCAUCAAAGGGUUUGAAUCAACCAUCGCCACCAUGAAGGUCGAACUCGAAGAACUUCGCACCUCUUUGUCGAAAGCCCAAGAUUCCGCUUUGGUGAACAAGCAAUCUUCCGUCCAGCGCGAGUCGGAACUGCAAUCUGCUAUGGAGAAGCUCAAGCAAGACCUUAUCGACGAACAAGCAAGACAUGAGCAAGUGGAGGGUGACCUUCGAUACGACGUUGCGAAGGUGGAGAGCAAGCUCAAAGCCAGUGAAGCCAGCGUGCGUGAAAAGCGCCAGCACAUUGAUGAACUCCAGGACAAACUUGAAGCUGCCAGUGCUUUUGAAGCCCGAGGCAUUGACCUUCAGGAGGAGAUCACGAGGCUGAAAUCCCAGUUGAAUGAUGCCCAAAAGGAUCUGGAAGAGGAGAAGGCAACUGUGAGACAAAAGAAUACCAGGCUGACCGAGCUGCGAGACGAUUUGGCGCAAAGCCUUGCUAAAGAACAAGAGCUGCACGAGAAGCUGGAAAGACUGUCGUCUCUUGAGACUGAAUUGGAGGAGCUUCGACAGAGCAGUGAAGCGGAAAAGACAGAAUUGGAAUCACAACUAUCCAAGCUGAAGACUUCCGCAUCUAAACUGGAGGACGAGAAGGUCGAUUUGACACUCAAGAUGUCCAGGCUCGAGAAGGAAAACGCAGCCGUCCUGAAUGAUCUUGACAAUCUCCGGUCGGAUUUAUCUGAAGCCAACAGCAAAGAGCUUGAGUUGUCCCAUGCCCGCGAACGCUACACAAAAAGGAUUGAACAAUUGCAAUCUCAACUGGACAGCGAGACGGCCACAAAAGACAAUCUAGAGCGAAAAUUGUCGGCAGCCACGCGCUCUCAGUCGGAUUUGGACGAGGAUUUGGAGGCCAAGUCUCAAGAAAUUGAGAAGUUGAGGUCUGUACUGGAAGAGGAGGCGGACGAAAAGAACAGUAUUGCUUUGAGAUUGUCGGAUGCCAACAAUACGCGGAUCAAGCUUGAAGAAGCAGCUGAGAGCGCCUCACACGAACUCAGGAGCUUGAAGGAGAAGCUUGAAGCCGCAACGCAAGAUAGAUCAGCUUCAGAAGAAGAACUGGCAUCAGUCAAGUUUGAAUUCGUGGCCAUGUCGAAGGAUUACGAGGCCACCAAGUCGGCUCUUAGUGAUCUCGAGAAAAAGGUUUCGGAGGGAACCAAUCUUGCCAACGAACUCAAGCUUACAAAGCAGCAAGUGGCAUCGAUUGACCACCAGAAAACCCAGCUCGAGGAAGAACUUCAGGCUGCAAAGCAGCAACUCGACACCAUCGACCAGUAUAAAACCAAGAACUCUAGCUUGCAAUCCAAGGUGUUUUCUUUGCAGGGGAAGAUUUCGGAUCUCGAAGUCCAUGUGAAGGAAGAAGAGGCAGCUAAGUGGACCGUCGAGGAAAAAUUCCGCAAGCUCCAGGAGGAGCACAAGAAGACUAAGUGGAAUUUAGAAGAGCUCGAGUCGACGUCCAAGAGCAAGGCGAAGUCAGCAGAACGAACUUCCAAAGAGGUCGAAGAUCUGCAGAAACAAGUGAGAAAGCUACAGAAACAGCUUCAAGCCGAGAAUGCUUCAGAGAGCAAUCUGGUGAAAAACCUGCACGAACUGGAAGAAGAAUACAGCAGAGUCUUGUCGAAUCUCAAGGACGCAGAGGCUGAACUCGAGGAGAAGAAGGAAGACGCUAAGCUCCUCCUGGAGCUGCAGGACCGCUAUGACGAAAAGGAAAACGACUACGAAGCUUUGCAGCGGAAGCUUAGCGAAGUUGAGGAAAAUAUCAACCAGACAAGAUCUGGCGACCUGAUCGAUCUUGAGAUGCAAAUUGAAGAUCUCGAGGCCUCCAAGACUUCAUUGCUGUCCAGAUUGGAGAAGAUUGAAGAGGACAGAGAUCGAAAGGUUGAGCAGCUUGCCAAAGCAUCGGAGCGUUACUCGACAACCGUGGAGGAUCUCCAAUCGAAGCUGGAGGAGCAGACAAGGGCGAAGGAAACUCUGCGACAAAAGCUCAUUGACCUUGAAGCAGAUUUAGCCGUGAAGGAGAAUCAGAGCAAUCUUCUGAACGACGUGCACGCCAGGUUAAGAGAACAAACGAAGCAAAAGGACUCUCUGCAAUCCAAAUUGCGCGGCGUUGAGGAGGAGCUGGAACGACGAAAGAAACAAUUCCACACCAGAGGUGAUCAGUAUUCUGAUCUGCAGAUGAGUUUCGAUGAAAUGAAGCGCGAGAAAGAGAACUUGGAGAGGAAAGUUGACGAAUUUGAGGCCGAGUUGUCGCGAAAGGAACGCAAAAUCACUGCGAUCAUCGAGCGCCAGUCAGAAGACACUUCCAAGCUGGAGGCCAAGCUCAAAGAGCAGACCAUGGCGAAGGCCAAGUUGCAGCAAGAAGUAGACAACCUGCGCAGUGAUAUGCAUAGCCUUUCAGACGUAUCAUCAGAGACCGAGGAGCUUCGACACAGAAUAUCGAGCCUGGAAACCACGGUGGAGGAAGCUCGAGAAGCUGAGCACAAGGCAUCGGAGCGGUUGAAAGACGUUGAAGACCAACUUCGCAACCGAGAGAAUGUCCAACGGGAGUUGGAACAAAGAUACAACAAGGUCAAUGGGGAAAAGGAAGAAGUGAUCGCUGCUUUGGAGGAUGUCAUUCACGAGGUGCAGUCUCGCGAGGAAGAAAUCGAGUCGUUGGCGUCUGUUCUGCGCAAACGAGACGAAGAGCUUGACCACGCGAAGCUAAUCGCCACAAAGGCACUGGCAUCCGCACAAGAAAUGAAAUCUCGCUACAAAGAGAAGGGAGGCCGCGACUCUGCAGAGCUCAAGUCGAAGGUUGAUCAACUCAACGAGCAGCUAGACUUCUUCGCGAAGAAGAACGAAAAUCUGGAGCUCCAAACCCACCAGAUCGGAGGAGAACUUGAAGCAACUAGGAAGGAGUGUGAAGACCUCAAGGAACAAAUACGCAGCAAUCAACAAAUCCGCAGCAGCCAACAACAGAAUCGAAACUCGGCUUCUUCCACUUCUUCUUCCCUGAAGAAUUUUCACAAUGGCAUUACGACGGACAAAAACGGAUUUGCCCUGAUGGAAGUAAUGGACGACGAGCUGGAAGAUGCAUUUCCAAGUUUUGACGACCAGUCGGCAAUGUCGGGUGCAUCUCCAAAGUCGAUUCGGUCAACUGGUUCGGCAAGGUCAAAUGGUUCUGGAAGGUCACACAACAGCAAGUCGAAUUCGCGCUACCAGAAUCACGGAGGAAGCCAGCCUUUUGACGAAGUGAUGUCAACCAACACACAGGAUCUAGUAGGGGCGAAAACAUCGUCCUCCUGGAUCGACUUUGACACCGAGAGCGCGAGCAGUGGUAGCCACCAGCUUUCCUUUGAUGAGGCCCGCUCAGAACCCGGUGCUCAAUCAAGGAGGAACAUUGAGAGAGAUGCUCUCAGAAAAUAUGUCAGAAAGCGCUACAUGAAGCACAAAGCCAGUAGUUAGCAGCUGCCUCACGAUAGCUAUUGUUUUGAUUGAUUUUGCCACUCCCUUCCAUGACUGCAUCGUAACCCCUACGUUGUACUUGAUCUAGAGUACGGUAGCAUAACCUCAUAAAAGUACUAAUACGUAAACUAAAAGCAUCAAAUUCGCUCGAC